CACUUCAUCACUUGUUCUAUGACAUUCAGUUCAUUCAUUUGCAAAAAAAAGAGAGUUUUAUUUGUAUCUAAAACCUAUGCUCCAUCGUAGAAUGACACGCUCUUUUCAUUAAUCGAUACUAAUUAUAUGAUGUCCGUCGUAAAUUCGAUAGUUAUUUGUUCUCGCUGAGCAUCGUUAUUUCUUUUAAUUGUCCGCCAUCUUGGAUCACGUUAACAACAUGUGUACAACGAACGUAAACUCGUAUAUGUCCGACUACUUUCGCGAACCAAUGGUUAAGUAUGAUGUCGUUCGGCCAUUUUCACGGAACACCGCCGAUCGCGAUGCUGGUUAUAGACGCUUGCAUUACUGUCUAUUCUGGGUCGUAUGAAAUUCCAACCAUCGGAGCGACCUAGAUCGGUCAGGGGCGAUAAUAAUAGACAGGGAUAUAAAUACGCGCAUGAAUAAAUAUUGCUUUCGGCUCUUUUAUCAUCGUCGAAAAAAACGAAAAUAAAAAAAUACGUUUUCAGAAAUCGCAAUAAAAUUUUUUGAGUCGGGGGGUAAAAAGUGGGUCGGUCGGUAAAGGGCAAACAAACUCAAUUUUAAUUUAGGCCUAAUGGUUGGUCGUUUCGGCAGUUGUCUGGCGAUGUCGCUGGAUAAAGACCAGCACAUGUACAUGUUCGAGUUUGGUUCCACGCUGCAGUCAUGUAUGGAGCUGUGUGCUAGGAGGUCAUGGUGUUAAAUGGUCGGUUACCGCCGGCUGAUUCCCGGCUGUGAUCUGUAUACGAAAACAGAUUUGGAAAUCGCAGAUACAGAAACAGAACAGAAGAAUGAUUGCAUUUACAUUAAGAAGCGUGACUUUCAAGAUGGUUUGUCAAAUCUCGCAGGUCGAUGUAACUGUUCAGGUUAUGGAGUUUGCUACAUUGAAGAAGGAAAUGUGACUUGCAAGGGUGAAGAAUGCGCACCGUACAUUAUGAUACAACAUGGCCAACUUCUGGGAAACAUGAACAGGCAUUUGAACAGACGACAACUCAAAUGCAACACAGGGUACGUUGCCAAGGAUGACGUGACUAUUAUGCAAUGCCUCAACGGAGAGUGGGUUCCAGAUGUUGAAUGCCAAGCGGAAAUCGAUAUCAAGAUUCCAGAGGGGAAGGAAGAGAAAAUAUCGUGCACGACGGGAAAGAUCAAAAUCAUUGCUGGUUUCUAUGGACUAGGGCCAUGCAGUCAUCUGUCUGCUUUUCAGAAAAUCCAAACGACCUGCGAAGGACAUAGCAGUUGCACAGUAGUUAGUAGCAAUGAUUUUUUUGGGUCGGAUCCUUGUCAAGGAAUAGCAAAAAUCACAGAAGUGAAAUACAUUUGUGUUUAGGUUUUUGAAAUGCUCUACCCGGUACUGCUGCUGCUCAAAUACGAAAUCGGCAUAUACAUUUAUUACUACAUGUCUAUUAACUGGAAAAAAGACAUAUGCUUGCGUUUGAUGUUUUCAGAAUCAUGAGUUGUUUAUUUGGCUUGAUUGAUAUAUGUUGUCUUCUCAAUUUGUAUGUCACAGUCUUGACAAUAUAUAAUUUUGACAAAAUUUCGUAUGGUUGCAAUGUUAUGGAAUAUGAAAUUCCGUAGUUGUUAUUAUUUUCAUAAGGCGUGUUCGUCUGAAAAUGUUUAUUGUUUGAUACAUGUUGUCUUCUAUGAGCACUGUUUGCAAUAUAAUGUA